CCAUUCUCCUCAUAAAUUCAAAUUUAGACAGCAGUCACAAUAAGAACCCUUAAAACAAAGCAGACAGACAAAGAUUUUCUCUCUUUCAAACAAACAAAAUCAUGUCGAGAAUGAUGCGAUCUGAUCGGAAGCCGCCACUAGCACGAUCUCCGAUACGCCUUCGCUCUCGUCGCAAUCUCCAAUCCGCUACAAACAUCCCCAUGCCACCGGUAGCCCAAACUCCCAUUGCGAAACCCCAGAUCCCGAAACGGACUUGGGAUGCGGAAGAGCUGGAAGUUCGACCCGAGUACAACACGAUUUCUUGUGAAUUGAGGGCUUUAGCCAAGAUGGUUCAAGGCGGACACAAAGAUGCUGAAAUGGAGGAUUCUGUGAAUGUUAAGAGGAGCCCACUUUUCGAAAGAGGGAGGUUUUAUGAGGAGUAUUCUGCGAGGAGGAACGAGAGGCUGAGGCGAAAGAAAGGGGGUUUUGAAGAAAAGAAGGCGCCAUCCUAUGAUCUUGGUGUGAGGGUUAGCUCUGCCAAGAAGACUGAUGCUAAGAAACAGGGAAGUGUCAGGAAAUCGGUGCCUGCUACCCCGGUGACAGAGCGGGGCCAGAUGUCGAGGUAUUCGCUGAGAAGCAGUAGCUGUAAGGAGAACAAUAAGCCUCCUGUGGUGCCUGUGACUUACAAUAAGUCUGUGGGCAUGAGUGAGAAGAAAGUUACAGUGAGAAAGACUAGGAAACUAUAAGAGGUUUGGUUUAAUUUUUUGGGGGUAAAUUGAAGUUUAUUUUCCCAGGGUGAUGUAAUUUGAUAGUGGUUUGUUUGGUGGUAUUGAUUUGUGGGAUAUGAAUGUUGGUAGAGAAGUUCAUUAGAUAUUGUGUUUCUUGAACACUAAUUAGGUCUUUUUUUAAUUAUGGGUGAUUGACAAUUUCUUCUUGAUAUUGUUUCUUCUUUGUGAAUCAUUUCUUUUAUGUUCAUGGUGAAAUGACAAAUACUAUGAUUGUUGGAGGAUGAA